UGGCGUUACUGUAGAAUGUGUUUUGAAAGGCAUCCAGUCAACAUUAUUUCAUGUUAAAUUUGAUCGAUAUGGAUAUUUCAAGUAUGCUUGAAGUGCAAGUAGACGAGGUGAAAGAGGUUAAAAGGAAGAAAAACGUUACAUCGAAGGAUUUAAUUCCUUUCGUAACCAUUACCCCACCGCCAAUUUCUCAAGAAGAAAGUAGUUUCUAUAAGCUUAUGUUUGACAAUGAUAUUUCUGUAGUAAGGUUUCGUAAACUUCAUUGUACGGCAUGUGAUGUGCAUAUAGGCUCAGCUCCAGCUGAAGCAAAAAAUAUGUUUGAACAUCCUGUGUUGCGUACAUUAUUAUGCGCUAACUGUAGAGAAUUUUAUGGAGAUGGUACUUUCGAACAAGAGAUUGUUUUAGGAGAUGACGCUACUGAUAUGUUCUGUAGAUGGUGUGCAAAUGGCGGCAAUUUAUAUUGUUGUUCCUAUUGCAGUAAUACUUUUUGUUAUAAAUGUAUUAGAAGGAAUUUUGAUUCGUUAGUAAGAAAAAAAAUUGAGGCUGAUGAAAAGUGGAAAUGUUUUGUUUGUAAUCCGGCAGAUUUGUACGCUACUAGGGCUACAUGUUGGGCUUUGUUAAAAUAUGUACAAACAGUUACAAGAAAAUUGGAAAACGAUGAGUCAUUAACACCAGAAGAAUUGGAAGAAAGAAUGAAUUUAGAUGAGACUGAAUGUUGUCCACGUAGAAAAAAACGUAAACGCAAAAGGACUGGAUCUUCAGAUAUAGAUGAAGAUGAAGAUGAAACAUAUGAUCCUAAAGUUAAUAAUGAACCAAUAACAACAAAACGGAGAGUAUUAAAAAAAAGAUACAAGCAUAGAAGAUUAACUUUAUCUAAUGGAAGUAUUCCAAGAUUGUUACCAAUAAGACAAUGUUGUCCUUCGUCCACUGAAAAUAGUCCUAAGCCUCCUGAAUUAAGUACGUCGUUAAAUUCUUUUACAAGUGUAAAAACUGCUAACACUAGUGCAAAGUCAAGCAAUGCAUUUUUUCUGUCUGUUUCAUCAAAAACACAAGAAAAUCAGUCAUCUCCACGACCUAAUCAAACCGUUCAAGAGAAAGUUGAUGCACCUAAUGCAAAGACCUAUCCUAGCGCUAACAUCACUGCAGUGCCCACUGUUAAAUUACUGCAAUCGACAGCACCAUUUAAUCCGAUGCAAGCUUUAAUUUCACAUGUUCCAAAUAAGAAUUCAUAUCAAACAUAUUAUCCUGCAUCGCGAAUGGUAACUAUUCCAAAUACAAAUCAUCCUAUGGCGUUAACUAAAUCUCGAGUCUUGCUGCCAAAGCCAAAACAAACGAUAAAAAUGAUGGUGACACCAAGUGUUAUAAAUUUGGAUAGUGAUUCUGAUGAACCAAUGGCUAUUUCAGUGGUGAAUUCUCCAAAUACACAAAAUACACCUCCUGUUGUUGAUAAUAAUACUACAGUUAAUGCUAAUUCAUCGUCAACAGUAGCUGUACCAGUAGCACUCGUGAGUACAGAUAGUAGUUGUAAUAUUAAUACAAUAAAAAUUAAUAAAGAAGUAGAACAGCCUUUACGCGAGUUGGAUACAACUUUAAAUAAAUCUGACAAAAGUUUGGGUCAAACUGUAUUAUAUCCAUAUAAAGAACAAUUUAAUGACGUUUUUAAUAAUAUUAAAGUUAAAUUUAAUCAAAUACUUGAAGAUACAAAAAGUGAAUAUGCGAAUAAGAAUAGUAUACAAGAAACACGAUAUAAAAUUCGGUCUCUUUAUAAGGAAGUUUACAACACCAUUAUUCAAAUGUCAUAUAUUAAUGACAGGGUAAUAAGAGAUUACAAUAGUUGGGAAAGAUCUCAAAAUAAAGAAAGUGAAAUAAUUGAAGAAAGAAUUAACAGGACAUCAUCACUUGACAAAAAUCAUGAAAUACCACUUGAUAUGAUUUGCGCAGCAGAUUCUGCAGAAGAAUCUGACAACGAAGAUGUGACAACUAUUAAACUAUCUGAACUUAUACUUUCAACUAAUGCUCUAAAAUCUUCUUCUGAUAAUAAGAAGAUGGUUGAUCAAAGUGUUGAAACUUCUUCUGUUGUUUGUAAAGAUAAAUCAAUACAAGUAUUUGACUUUGAAUCGAAGGAUUAUGAAAAAAUAAUUGGACAUUCGGUUUUAACGAAAACUAACAAUGAUUCUUCGACUGAAGAAGACAGCAUUUCAGCACCUGUAGCAACGUCAAAUGAACAUGUUGGCAAAUAUGAAGAACAAUUUAUAAAUUAUUUGCAACAUAUUGAAGAUCAUGGAAUAGAGAUAGAUGAUAAAUCAAAUGAAAUUGUUUUAGAAAGUCUUAUAGACGUAGAAACAGAUUCAAGUAUUCCAGAAACAUUAGUUAAUGAAAUUCCAUCCAAUAAUUUAAGCGAAUCCACUGAUUUAACGUUGCAAGAAAAUCCUGAAGAACAUAGUAAAAAGGAAACCGUAAAUGAUGAUUUAAUGGAAGUAGAAUCUCUACUUUCAGAUUCUAAAUCUGUUUCAAAUAAUCUUAGGAUAAAGGAAAUUCCAAUCAAUGAAACAAAUAUAAAUACAGAAUUAGAAAAAGAACAUAUGACAAUGACGAACAAUACAACAGACGAAAAACAAAAUAUAAAUAUAAAAAAAGCUAUAGAAAAUGUUAUAAAUUCAUUAAUAACUAACGAAACAAAUGUAAACAAUUCUACUGCCGAAGAUGAUAUCACCAUUAUCGAAGAUUAACACAAUAUUAAGAAAAUGUAAUAAAAGCGACCUAAUAAAUUCGUAAUGGAAUUAUUCGUCACUAUUGGACAAAUGAAUUUAUGCUUAUAAAUAAGAGCAUACUUAUUAACAUUUCCGAUUUCUGUAUUGUUAAUACUUGUCGAUAUAAAAAUAUAGAUUUAAUGUAAUAAAAACAGAACAUGCAUUAGAUAAUAUACAUGCAACAAUAAUUUGAUAUCAUUGUUACAUUUAUAUUUAUUUAAAACAAUUGGAUCUUUGUUUGAUAAUAAUUUUAUAGAAUAAUCAUUUUAGAGAACAAUUAUUCAUUAUUCAAAUUAAAUAUUUCUGUUAGAAUAAUAUUGUACGUUAAACUAUGACGUCCGGUACACAAGUAACUGAGACAAGAAUCUCAGUUGCUUUGAUGUCGGUAUUUGUCUUAUCAGCUUAAUGCGACACCAACGUGAUAUCACUGGACGACAUAGUCUUAAUAAAUCAUUAGAUAAAAAUAUUCAUUUCUUAGAACAUUAACCGACAUUUUUAUUUUCAUUUGUU